CAAAUUGAUCUGAAGUUCAACUCAAGAAGACAUGACCGACUUAUUUCUUGAGUUUGGGCUCCUUCUGUUAUGCAGCAUUUUCCAAUAUAGUGAAGGGCUUGGAAACGAUGUAUGUCCUGAACCCAAUAUAAGUAAAUUUGCAGAGUAUUACAUGGAUCGGUAUGUUGUGGGUACUUGGGCUCGAUAUUAUUGCGAUGAAGGCUACAAGAGACCAGCCGGAGUAAAUAACAUUAUCCGAUGCAAGAAUGACUCUGGAGUCGUUCAAUGGAUGAGCAGUUCCCAACCAGUUUGCAUAGCUUUCAGUGAUGAAGCUCCCACAACUGACGACACGAAUGAACUUCCAACUCGGUUGCUUAUUGGAAAAGGACAGUCUUCUACCGAAAAAUGGAAGAAUAGUUCCAUCGGGCCCAAAAUCAGCACCAGCACCCCAACAGCCGUAGAAGGAUUUUGUGGCAUUCCUGUCCCAUUGAAGCACGCCACUGUUAAGGUGACGAAGUAUAAAGUGGGACAAAAACUAACAUUUAAAUGCUUGAAUGAAUCUCAAGCAUGGGCUCCCAUCAGUGGUAUUACUACGUGUGAGAACUCUAACGGAGUUGCCGUCUGGUCCAGCUUAAAUCCACAAUGCACCGAAGAGGUCUCCUUUAAUUUGGGGGAGCAGUUUCUCAAUCCAGCUAUUUUAUUUAUUAUGGCUGCAGGGACUAUGGUCUUCAUUUUAUAAAGGUUCCUUGCCAGCAGAAGGGCUCCAGGUAACUUUCAAU